UGGCUCGCUGCGAUCUGAAAGCGGCGAUGCCUUGGUUGUUGGAAAACCGCAACAUAACAAACCGAAGCGAGAGACAACGUGACACAACAAAACUGAAAACACCGUGUACCGCUCGAUAGACCGUCUAUUGGCGUGUUAUCAAGUAGUACCGGUAUUCAUUUGAAAACGUCUUGAUUUAUUUGUUCAGUACUUACAUGAUGGCAGCUGUGGAUUCAAUGAAUGUGGAUGUAAGGGCCGUUGGCGAUCAUGUUUUCCAGGCUGAUUAUAUUCAGAAAAAGCGGCAUCGACGGGGAAAAGUUGAAUUUCUAGUCAAAUGGAAGGGCUAUUCAACAAAGCGAGAUGAGUGGCGAAAGAAGAGACGAAUAAUGCGGAAGAAAAGAAAACAGCGUCUGGCCAGUGCGGAGAACCCAGGCGACGUCAACGACAGCGAGCAUGACGAAGUGGUGGGCCCAUCGAGUGUCCCCAAACGUCGCAGCGCCUCUCAGGAGAACCUGUGGCCGUACCUGCCCUCGGACCGACUCCCGCUACUGUGGGGCAGCCCACCGCGGGCGCUCAAGCCUCGCAAAGUGAAGAGGAAGCAUGUUUACUGUGACAAAGACAGUGCAGAUGAGAGUCUUACGGGGCAGGAAACAUACGAGGGAGAGGAAGAGAAGAAAAGCAACAAGUCUUUGAGCAUGAUCCUGGAAGAAAACAAAGCAAACAUCCACCGUCAAACCUCGAGGAAGAACUGUGAUACAUUAGAAGAUGAGGUUGGCACAGCCGAAGAAGAUAUGGAGGAGGAAGAAGAAGAGGAGGAGAUGGAAGAAGAAGAAGAGGAUGAUAAGUGGCCCAAUUCUGACUGCUGGGAGGUGAAGUGUUCGUCAACAUCUACCUCAAGUCUUGGUGAAUCUCACGUGCUCCGCGUACACAGAAUCCGCUCGGACGUCGAUUACGUCGAACGUGAGCACAGCCCGUGCAAAGAUGCCAUGUGUGACAAGGACAAUUCCCAGUGUAACGGUAAAGACAAUAGUGACCCACGCCUCGGACAGGCGCUCAAUCUCAGUGCGAGCGAUCUCAUCGAUGCCAAGCAAAAUUCCACAGAAGCUAACGCAGCCAAGUACGACCACAUAAACAAUAACUUAAAUCAUUACUGCCCGUCAUCGCUCUCCAGCAGUAGGGUCGUUCCUACUGCCCAGGCAACGUCAUCAGAUUCCACAUUGUCCAAAUUGCUCACGUCAGAAGAUGUUGCAGAUGACUGGAACUUCAGUUCUCAGUUCGAGUCUCAGAUGAACCGUGAGCGACAGAGGUUGGAAGCUCAUAUUCUGAAAGAGGAACAAGACACCGUAGAAAAAACAUCGGACAACAGCACGACUUUCAAGUCAAAUACCACCGCCACCGCCUCCACCCCUACCACCCCCACUGCCAGCAGCAAGUCUUUACCCAGCCCGUCGCCGGGGGGGACGGCGCAGCACGGGCGCUGCUACAGCAGCAGUGAGCCGUAUCAGCACAAGAAGCUGCACCACGCUCGCAGACGCCACACCACCGACACGUCGCGACCCAUCAUCGUCACCGACGUCAAAUGCCAUAAGGUCAACGUCACAUUUGUGGAGAGCUUCUCCCACCAAGGGUUUUUUAAACAAGCGGAGGCGAAUCGUACAGGGUGAUGUGUCCAGCAGCGUGUCCAUGAUAUUCCGUUUUUCUCAAUGACAUCAAUCUUGUUUUUUGAUCAAGCAUCAGAUCUUGACCGUGACUCUGUUGUAAUGAUUAUUUAAACAUACACGUACCCGGAGGAUAAAAGUCCAUGGCUCAGAUUUCUACACGCUGGUGGCGCCUGAUUCAUGUCAUUUGUUCUUGUACAAUUUAGUGUUUUCUUGUGAGAGAAGUCAAUCAAAAUCCAAAGAAAAGUGAAGAUUAGGGUAUUGUUGCGAUAUUUGAUUUUUUUGCAUUCCUUAAAAUUAUGAAGACCUUUUUUUUUUCCUUAUAAAAUAAUCGUUAAGAGACCAUAGCGUUUGUCACAGAGGGAUCCAAAGCCCUUUUCAAAUGAAAAUGUUUUAAAAUUCUUUUGGUUACUGAAGUAACACAUGGUAUAUUUCUUUCACGAUGAAAAUAAUCUGAGUAGGAGUAGGGGCUUCUUUCUUGUGACUUUAUUUUAAAAUUCAAACAUUGGUGGAUUUGAUACCGUUGAAUGUGAAUAGCAAUGCAGACUGAUGCAAUAUUGUGAACUUGUUGAAGUAACUUGUGUUUGUUCAGGGGAGAUUCAAAGUUUUUACCAAAUUGUUGCCCACUAACUUGAAAGUUACAGCAAGACAAAAGUACAAGCAUACUUUCACUGUUUCUCAUGUUAUUAUAUGCGGUUUAUGAUGUACACCUUCCAAUUUUGUCCAAGUUCCUGCACACUUCUUGUUCGGGAAAGUCAAUUCCUUCCUAAAUGUUUUUUUCAUUUUCUUUGUUCCUUUCCACUGUGUCAUUUGCCUUUCUCUGUUGCCAUGUGAGAAAUAUUAUGUGCCACUGGGUUGCCUGAAAACUCGGGAUUCCUAUUAUGAUUUAAUUUCUUUUGUUUUUCCACCCUCCUCCCCCCCACCCGCUACUCCUUAUUCAUCUUCCUUUAAAUGUUUUGUUUUUUUCUUCAACACGUUUUCUGUCCAUCCUUAAGAUGCAGCUCAGUCUGUGGUGCUUUUCUCCUGUUGAACACUUGCAGAUUUUAUUUAUUUCUCUUUGACAACCUGUAACUUUUUGCAAUGUUUCAAAAGUCAGCAUCGUGGAUGCAACUAGUUUACACCUCACAAGUAACUUCUUUUUAAGACUCCCAUUGAAAAAUGAAUAUAAGUGUCCCUGUCUUCCCCUUCCUCAUCUCCUCUCCUCUUUCUCUCUGUCUCCCCCCCCCCCCCCUUUUUUUUUCUCUCUCCCUCUCUCUCUGUCUCUCAUUCUCUCAUUCUCUCGUUCUCCCCCCCUUUCUCCCUCCCUCUGUCCCACUCAAGCAGCCAUGGUUGGCGAGACAAAGACUGACCGUACACACACAAAAAUCUGGCGCAGACACACAAUAUACAAGACCUUGCAUAGGCAAAAGAAGGUAUCUUUUUUUUCCAUCUUUAGAUCUUUUACAGAUUCUCCUGACGCAUGAUUUGAAUUUGUUUUUAGUUUUCCCCCUGCAUAAUACUAUGUGCUUCAAGCCUGUUGAAGAAGCCUCUGUUCUGAUGCAGAUGAUAUCUAUACAAAGGACAGCUCUUUUUAUCUUGGAUCUUUUGUAGUGUGGUCCCAGUGCAUUCAGUUGUUUUUCAUAACUCUGCUCUGGUUUCCACAUUGGAGUUACAUUUUCUCCUUUACCUUUUACCGCCAAUGUUUAUAUGUGCUGAUGAAACUUUUUAGAAUACAUGCUCUCAUCUCAAUAAGCUCAGAGUCUGCGCAUGAUGUCAACUCUAUUUUUAGUCAAGUAUGAUUUGGUGUAGUUCUGAAGGGUCACCCAACAUAAAUUCCCCAAUGUUGUUACUGUUAGUUACAAAUUUACUGCCAAAAUGAACCAUAAGCAGGAAGCUGCAUUGAAACAAGGGAACAAGGUUUGUGAUGUGGAAGGUUUGGUAGCUGCAUUAGGUGAGGAGGGUGCUUCUUAGCAAGUCACUUGACUGUCUUAAAAAUAGAUGCAGGAUCCGAGUGCGCUCUCAAUCUCAAGUAUGAAAUGCUGCACUCUCCUAUCAUUUCAGGGGAGAUGGGGCACUGAUUUUGUGUUAGUUGGAACAGAUGUUUAUUGUAUUUUUAUGGCACUUAUUUGUUUUGGGGUGUUUUGCUUUUUUUUUUCAAGAGCUAAAGGACUGGGUGGAAGGGGACAGAUGCACGAGGCAAAGUAGUGUUGUUUUGUAAUUGUUGGUUGUACUUGAGACAAUUACGGUUAAGUUGAAAUUAGGUACUUUUAUUACAGAAAAUUUGCUAAGGCUUUCUUUCAGAGAACGUAAGACCCCUUACUUUAAAGAGUUUUCUUGCGGAGGUUGGGGGGGGGGGUGUCCUUUGGGUCAGGUUAUGUUUCUUGUGAAUGUUGUAUUGCGUUCUGUUUGUCUACACAGCACAGCCCUCGCAGUGACAAAGGUUGUCGUUUUUCUCAGCAAACCUGCUCUGUAUUCACAUUUUAUUGUAUUUCCAGUUGUGUGUACAUUUUAUUAUUACUUGUCUUUCAAAAUGAUGAAGUACAAUCUGACUACGCUUACACAUUGUUUAUGUUUCCAGCUUAUUGUAAUUAGGUCAUGUAAAUGUUCAUCGCGUUCUCUUUUCAAGCUAAGCCAUGAAGGUUGUGUCCACCAGACUCUUUGCUGAUGGGAGAUUUUUAACGGUUGAAAGAGGGGGAGGAGGGGUGUAAAGAGAUUCAAUCUCAUUUCUCAUGUGUCAAAAAAUCAACACAUUUGUAAGCUUAAAGCGUUUGAAAUUGUACUUAUGAAAAGGGUUAAUCUUGUUUUGAGAUUUUUGUUCCACAAAGUAGUCCUGGUUGUUUGGCUAUAUUGUAGGUCACAGAAGUUGUAGUUUUAUAGCCAUAGAAAGCAGGACGAAGUUAACACUUGGGGUUGACUUCAUGUAAGGAAAUGAAAAGAAAAGUAAUAAUUUUAAUAAUAAGUAGUGAUGUUAUAUCCUGACUUUGAGAAAGAAUUACAUUCGUGACAAUGUAGAAAAAGCGGUGACUUGUGCAUCAUUCUGUAUUUGUUUAAAGCGGCUAAAAUGUUAACUUAUAUUAUUUACAACAAGUUGUUGCUCUCCAGACAUGUCAUUUAAUCUUUCUAUGGAUACUUUGUUGGAUGUUUGUUGACUGGUUGAUCAUCCUCGGCAAACUUUUUGACACAGCACUUGAACUCAAGUGGCAAUGGCUGCACAUGAUAUUUGUGUGUACUUGAGCUUGGUAUGUUAGAGAGGGGGUGAAGGGACCAGGUGGGGGACGUUAGCGUUAAAAUGGAUUGUUGGGGGGGGGGGGGUUCUCUUCUUUUGUUUCAAGGAGUCAGUUUAAGUGAGGAAACUCCCUUAUUCUUCAUCCUGCUGUUGUUUCUGUAUUGUUUCUCAAAGAGUCCAAGUAUGAAGCAUGACAGGACAUUUACGGCUAACAGCACUUUACUUGAAUAAGAAAGAAGUAGAACCUUCCUGCAACACUUUUCUUCCAUCGGCAUAUCAUUGACUCAGUUGGUGGCACAUCUCCUGCCAUGUGCUGUAUUGUGUACUUACUUACUAGUAUUCCUUAAUUGUGAAGAUUGAAAACAGUGUUUAUAUCUGACAAUAAAAAUGUUUACUUGGUUAUUGAAAAAGAUGUAAAAAGUUGUUUCCCAUAGCUUUAAAGAGGUAGUAGGAGGAAAGGAAGACAAGUUAAUGGUUUAGAAAAUAGUGGAAGAAUGCAAGUUAAUGGUUUUGUAAAUGGGUUUAGGAUAGGUGACGGUUAAAGCAGGUUGAACUGUAGAUGUUGUACCUGAGUUGUUAGCCCCAUGUCUGUUCUAUUCCUCUUGGAUGUUGAGAGAGGUUUACAUUUUGGCUGUGCAAGUUCUCCUGUCUAGUGGAAUGCUGAAUAGAUUGGCACUGUUAUGUCAUCACAAGUUGUUCCGUGUCGGGGAAUGCUGAGAACAGGAGGGCACUGUUAUGUGGUCAUUUUCUUGUGCAAAAGUUCUCCUAUUCCCCAUCUCUGACGGUUAGGAAAAACUCAGUGUGUUUUGUUUGUUUGGGGGGGGGGGUAUUGUGGGGUUGGAUUUUUUAAUUUUUUUUAUUUUGGGGGGGUCUUUUUUUAAUGGUACUGGUUUUACACCCAUACCAACACAAUUUGGAUCAUUUAGGAAGGGUCGGGCUUCAACCUUGCCUGUCAGGGGCCAACUUUGGCUGAGAGGGAUAGAACAUCCCAACAGAAGUUUUGAGGUACUCUAUAAAAAUUCUUCUCACUCGGGAAUCAAACUUGGGUCUCCUUGGUGCAAUGGUGGAGCACCUAACUGCUAUACCACAGACGCUGGUAAAACCCAGUGUGUGUGUGCAGAUUGUGAAAGAUCACUCUCCUUGUUUGUUGCAAAAUACUUGGACUCUGGCUGUACAUUUGGAUUCUCUAAGGAUUUGUACAUAUAUUUACUCUUUUGAGUACGUUUGUUUCAUGAGGAAUGAUGCAUUGAUUUCUAUUUUUGAUUUUACAGGCAUAAGUGUUGAUAUCGAGAGCACUUAUUUUUUGGAAGAUUUGUGGAGAAAUGAUGUGUUGAGGUGGUUAUUGUUAUCAAAAAUAUGUCUGCUCAAUUCAAAGGAAGUCUCAAGAAUCAAAUGUACUGAUCUGGAAUGCGGCAGCAUAUGUUCCUUUAUCAUGGAAAAGAAUCCAGAUUUCUUUUUUUUUCUGGCCUAAAACAAAGAACAGAUUGUGUCUAUUACAAUAUUUGGUAGUCCUCCGUCACUUACUCAAUUUUCAUGUAACAGCAAAUGCCACGAGUAGAUACGUCGUGUAUCAAGCUCCUUCAGAUGGGAUGAUGGUUUUAGAUUGAUACCGAUGUACCAUGCACAGAAUGACUGAAACAACUGUAUGUUAAUGUGCUUCACCAAUUCUUAGCGUUGACUACUUUCCAUGUGUACAUUUUAAACUGAAUAUUUUACGCGAUCAGUUUGUUGCCAUCAGCUAAACACUCCAUGACCAUCUUUUUUGUGAAUUGAAAAGAACGCCUCAAAUAGUACACGGUGUGAAACUAUUAUAAGAGUGUUGGUUGUAAUGGUGAUCAUUAGACAUAUAUAUACAUAGAACAAGCUUUUGCCGGAACGUUUGACAGCUAGCAAACCAAAACAUGGUGUUUGUAUAGCGUGCAUACGUGCACCCCGUGUACCCUUUGCUUUGAAAUUGUCAAGAAGUGGGAGGCGUGAACUCUCUCUUUCUCUUUUACUCAACUGCCAACGUACAUAAAUUAUGUAGAUCUAUCUUUUGCUUUUGUUACGACAUGAGAUGCGCGAACUCUCUCUCUUUUACUCAACUGCCGAUGUACAUCAUUUUAAUGUAGAUCUAUCUAUUGCUUUUGUCAAGAAGAGCAGAGAAAUCGGACAUAAGUAAUGUAUUAUCUGCUCUCCUUUGAUUGUGUAAAUGCGUAGGAGCGACACUGUGUAGGGUGGUUGGGGGAGGCGGGGGGUGGGGGAGGGUAGUUAGCACGUUUUGCCUCUGACCACCGUAUGGAGAGCGUGUGCUGAAGUGGAAGACGUAACAACAACAACGCAUAUCUACUUGAUGUUUGCGCACUGUGCUCUUUCUUGUCACAGCUCCUCAACGUUCUGUGUAACAAGUUAGUUAUUUUAUUUCAGUUGUUGAAUGAAUUAAAAAAUUCAAAUGAAUUCA